UAUAAAAGAAGCUUCAAACCGGGGAUUUUAAUAGUUGCUCAUUAACAUUGCUUUAAAAAAAAUGUUUAAGCUUUUAGCGUUGUUUUCAACCCUUUUAUUCCAUAAUUUAGUGACCGCCACAGAUUGCAGAAGUUGCUACAACAUCAACGAAGGUUCCUGUUUCAAUCCAAACAUUAAUUUAAGUAAAUCAUUAGAAUUUGCCACAUGCUCCGUUCACAGCAGAAAUUUAGAGCUGGAAAUGAGGCGGGUCUAUGGCUCCAAUUUCGAGCACAAAACUCAUGCUGUUUUCGACGUUCGUUGCGUUCACUACGAAAAAUUCUAUCAUUUAACGAAUCAAACGGAAAUCUAUCGUGGGUGCCUUCAAAAGAAAUACGCCAAGAAUUUUUGCGAGAACCAAAGGCAAAAUCAAGUUUAUUAUUUUUACAAUUUAACGAAAUGUAACGUUUGCAGCAGCGAUUUAUGUAAUUCAAAUUCAAGUUUUCAAUUACAUUUUAAUCGGGUUUUUUACACAAUCACAAUGUUAUUAAUCGUUUAUUUUAAAUAA